GACUUGAAAGCAAAACAAAACGUAAGUUAGAGGUAAAUUCCGCCGUGAAGGGAGAGGUGAAUAUGCCGCACUGAAACCGAAGGGCCGUCUAGGCUUUCUUCCCUCCCCCCACCCUGCCCCAGGUCCCUGGGAAGGAAUCCGGCCCGCGCAGCCGGAGAGACACAGGGAACAUGGCGGCUCCUGGAGCCGCGCGCUCGAGCCUGUCGGCCCUGCUGCCCGCCCAGACCUCGCUGGAGUACGCGCUGCUCGACGCCGUCACCGCGCAGGAGAAAGACACGCUGGUCUACCAGUACCUGCAGAAGGUGGACAGCUGGGAGCGGGACCUGACUGUGCCCGAGUUCCCGGAAGGACUAGAAUGGCUGAAUACAGAGAGUUCCAUUUCUGUCUACAAGGAUCUUUGUGGGAAAAUUGUAGUCCUGGAUUUCUUCACGUACUGCUGCAUCAACUGCAUCCACCUGUUACCUGAUCUUCAUGCAUUAGAACACAAGUACACAGAUAAAGAUGGCCUUCUCGUUGUUGGUGUUCAUUCAGCUAAAUUUCCAAAUGAAAAGGUUUUGGAUAACAUUAAAAGUGCUGUUCUUCGCUAUAACAUCACCCAUCCUGUGGUUAAUGAUGCUGAUGCUUUCCUUUGGCAAGAUCUGGAAGUUUCCUGUUGGCCAACCCUGGUCAUACUUGGACCCCGUGGAAACAUCCUUUUUUCUUUAAUUGGAGAGGGGCACAGAGAAAAAUUGUUUUUAUUUACUUCAAUGGCUUUAAAGUACUACAAAGAAAGAGGGCAGAUUAAAGACAAUAAAAUUGGAAUAAAACUUUAUAGAGAUUCUUUGCCACCUUCUCCUUUACUUUUUCCUGGCAAAGUAACAGUAGACAAUGUGGCUGAGAGGUUAGUGAUAGCAGACACUGGACAUCACAGAAUUUUGGUUGUCAGAAAAAAUGGACAAAUCCAACACAGCAUUGGAGGUCCCAACAGUGGAAGAAAAGAUGGAACAUUUUUAGAGGCAACUUUCAAUUCUCCACAAGGUGUAGCCAUAAAGAACAACAUCAUAUAUGUAGCAGAUACAGAAAAUCACUUGAUAAGAAAGAUUGAUCUAGAAACUGCAGUGGUGAGCACUGUGGCUGGCAUUGGAAUACAAGGCACAGACAAAGAAGGUGGAGCAAAAGGAGAGGAACAGCCCAUCAGUUCACCUUGGGAUGUAGUUUUUGGAACAUCAGAGGUCGGUAGAGAUGAUAUUCUAUGGAUAGCUAUGGCAGGGACUCAUCAAAUCUGGGCACUUAUGUUGGAUGAUGGGAGACUACCAAAAAAAAGUGAGUUGACAAGAGGAACUUGCCUUCGGUUUGCUGGAAGUGGAAAUGAAGAGAAUCGAAACAAUGCAUAUCCCCACAAGGCAGGUUUUGCCCAGCCUUCAGGUCUUUCUGUGGCUUCUGAAGAACCUUGGCACUGCUUAUUUGUAGCAGACAGUGAGAGCAGUACUGUCAGAACUGUCUCACUUAAAGAUGGAGCAGUAAAACAUCUUGUAGGAGGAGAGAGAGAUCCCAUGAAUUUAUUUGCUUUUGGGGAUGUUGAUGGAUCAGGAAUCGAUGCAAAGCUUCAGCACCCACUUGGAGUGGCUUGGGAUAAGAAAAGAAAUUUACUUUAUGUGGCAGACUCCUACAAUCACAAAAUUAAAGUUGUGGAUCCAAAAAAAAGCUGCACUACCAUUGCAGGUACAGGAGAAGCAAGUAAUGUUAUCAGUUCAGCUUCUACAGAGUCAGCUUUUAAUGAACCUGGAGGCUUAUGUAUUGGAGAGGAUGGUAAUUUGCUAUAUAUUGCUGAUACAAAUAAUCAUCAAGUUAAAGUGAUGGAUUUGGAAAUGAAAAUUAUUUCUGUGCUUUCUGUCAUCAAUUCGGAAGCUGCUGUUGUUGAUGGCCCAUUUCUAGAAAAGCAGAAGACAGUAAAACUACCCAAACUUCCUAAAUCUUCUCCAAAUGUUAAACUUUCACCAUUGACUGUGUCUCCUGGACAGAGUCUUCAGUUUAUACUAAGAUUAGAUCUUCCUGCAGAAACAAAACUAACUGAAGGAGCGCCUAGUUUCUGGUUUCUAACAGCUGAAGGUAAUGAAUGGCUUCUUGAAGGACAGACUCCAUCAGGAGAAAUUAGGAGUCUUUCUAAGCAACCUGUGAUAUCACUGCAGAUUCCUCAUAGUUGCUUGUCCUUUGAAGCAGUUGUGUCCAUCUGUGUGUGCCUCUAUUACUGUAGUGCAGAUAACAGCGCCUGUAUGAUGAAAGGAAUUCUAUUUAGUCAGCCUUUACAGAUUUCUAAUACACACCAUAGUAACACACCUCCAGUAGAGCUGAGAUAUGUGUUUUAGACAGCUAAUCCUCCGCAAUUCAGCCAGUCACUUUAACUUAUUGCUCACUAUUUUUAUACAAGCAACCAAACAGAUGGCUUUCCUUCUGUCCCUUAUCACCUAGUGUUUAAGACAGAAUAACUUGAAAUUCAUUACUUUAUGACAGCAUCUGCUAUUUAAAUGAAAUUAUGUUAAUUUUCUACUUAUUUAAAAACUAGUUAAGUCCUAGGUUGUAGUUUGGACUGUGACUCUGUAUGGAGUAUGGCUCUAUAAUCUAACUAUGUUCUGAAAAGAAAUGUUUGAGCUCCAAAUUAGGACUAGUAAAAUUAGGUGCAGUUGAUAAAAUAUGGAGUGCUUUAUCUGAUUUGCCUUUAUUGAACUCUGUAGCUUCUUUCAGUAAAUACAUAAUACUUUUCACAGGAACCAAGAUUAAAUCUACAAUUUUGUAAAGAAUUGUCUGAAUCCCAAACAUAAGUUCUUUCUUUAUUUAAAAACGGUUUAUCACAGUAAAAUUUUAAAGAAGACUUUGAUAUGAAUAUCUGAGUCAUAAUGUAUAUUUAAAAUAUAGAUUUACCUAUUUUAUGGACAUUGGGUCUGCUGCUCUGAUACCAUAAUGUUUGCCUUAUGUGAAGAGGAUAGCCUUAUAACAAAAAAAAUGCAGAGAUUGCAUUUGAAUGCUACUUUUUUGAAAGCUACUCUUUGAACUUGGGCUGAAAUACUUACUAUAGUUAUACCAAACAGUGAAUGGGGUCCAGCAAAUGUUCUAGUUUUGCAAGGAAAAGGAAUAUUUUUGUGUUGCCAUUUAUAGUAAUGUUGUUAGAGAAUUCAGUGUGACUGGCAGUUGAAUCAGAUCAACACUGUUUGUACCUCAUGAAUUUUAUUCUUCUGUAUUAACAUGAAAUGCAAAUAUAUUUGACCUCUUUUGGUUUCUCUCUUCCAAAAUUAAAAUUCUAUGAAUUUUGUGUUAUUUUUAAACAACUCUUUAACUAUUCAAAGUUGAAAUACUCCACUACUGUCAGUAGGUAUAGUACAUUGUACAAACUAAUUCUCCAUAUUGUCAAAGCUGAAUUUAGGUUGUUCUGAUGAUCUCUCUUUUCUCUUUACUAAAAAGAACAACCUUUGAGGACACUUAGAAGGGCUGCUUUUUUAUUUGUAAGCCAUGAAAGCUUAUUCUUUUAUGCUGUUGAAGUAACUGUAAAAUAUGUACUAGGAUGAGAAUGACAUUUUCCCCUAAAUUAUAGUUUUAAAAAUAUCUUCAAGGCUUUUCCUGACACCUUUUAGUUAAUUGUUGAGAUGGUUUGUCAUAUCUGUUACUUUCUACAAAAACUGAACCUGCUCAUGAUUUGAUCAAAUGUCUUGUUCUUUAAAACAUCAAGGGAGCCAUACUUAUUCAUUCAGUUGACAAGUACUUAUUGAGCAUAUGGAGAAGUAUGUCUUUUUUUUUUCUUUCAUGAGACAAUAUCAAGAGAUUUGUAUCUACAAAGCAGUGCUAGGACAUGAAAUA